AUGGCCACCUGUGGCCCAGUAACAGCGACAGCAAGGUGGCCACCAUCGACCGCCAGCCACUCGACAUCGGCCACCACGCUGCACCGAGCCGCGCCGCUCGAGGAUGGCCACCUGUGGCCCAGCAACAACGACAGCAAGGUGGCCACCAUCGACCGCCAGCCACUCGACAUCGGGUUCCUGGUGUCUUUCGUGGUAGACGCGCGCGGUGGCGCCAUGAAGGCGAAACGACGAGGUGGCGUGAGAAUCAUCGUGCCGCCCGCCGCCUGCGCAGCCCCUACAAGGGUUACCUGCCGAGCGGCCACAAGACGAGCGCCGGCGGCCGCGCCCCCUCCACUAAUGGAGGGGGAGGCCUUGGCUUCCAGGCUGCUGGAGCUACAGCCCCAAGGAGCCAAGUUCUUGGCGCCAGUAAUAAUCGAAGUGCCGAUAUUCACGUCGUCGUGCCGCGAGCGGGAGAUCGUGAUCCUGCGGUCCGACACCGGCGAGACCUGGCAAGACCACUACUUGCACAACAACGACAACCCUAUGAUACAAGAAGCCCUCCAACGCGAAAGACAAGAGCACGGCAGCAGCGGCGAAACCCUUGGCGAGAACGGAGAGCGGGUCACUCGCAUCGUCACCUGCGACUUCCCUCACUACCUCGCAGUAGUGUCCAGAGUCAGGCAGGAGGUGCACAUCAUCGGCCCUGAAGGAGGCACCGUCUCCAGUGCUCAUAUACCACAGGUCCAAGCGCUGUUCCCGCCGGCGGCUCUGACGAAACGCAUCCGCGUGGGACUCCAAGCGCACGGCGCCGCACCAGCGCUCGCCCGCCGCCUGCUACCACGUCACGCUGCAGUCUCGCCCGUGUUGACUGUCGAGCCACGCCGCCGCAAGUUCCAUCGCAGCAUCACGCUCACGGCGCCCCUGCCGCAGGCCCAGGUCAGUAGCGGAGCGGAGAGGACGCUAGCGGAGCGGAGAGGACGUUAG